UUUAACCAAUAUGGAUAAAAAGAGAUCGAGAAAAAGUAUUAAAAAGAUCAUUCUGAGGCCUCAAACUGACAAGACGAAACACAAAAACAGACCUGAUCCUCAUUGAAAUUCCUUAUUAUGACUCAAAGGAAGAGAUGCUACUCCGAAUAAGCUAAAGGAGAUCAGGACUAAUGUGUCCACAAUGGACUCAGAGAUCCAUAAGUCUAUCCAGACGCUCAAGAUGAGGUCUAGCUUCACCUCUGGGUUCUGGAGUACGAAGCAUUCCAAAUAAGUACCAAGACAAGACUAGAAAUGCCCACAGAGCAAACAAUAAUACUAAUACCAAGCACAAAACCUUGAAUAAUUUCCACAAGCUGACUAACCUGACUCAUGGCCAUUCUAAAAGCUCCAAGAAGAACAGUCUGAAAGAGAAGUGCUCAAAAUCUCAGAACAAAUCUAGAGUAAUCGCCAGCAGCUCCUUGAAUGAAUUCAAGACAAUAAUUUCAGAAGAACUUAUCAGUCACGAGAAGAAUAAAGUUAAAGACUCUAAUAACCCCUUCUUUGACUUGAAGGUAGAUUCUCCACUAGAUGAUGACAGCAAAAGCCAGGUUGGGAGCUCCAGCUUCUCCCCCAGACUCCCUCCCAAGCUGGCUAAAUGCAGCAGUGUGUUUGUCAAGAAGAAGCGUUCUAGCCUCAAGCUGUACAAGUUCAAAUUUGGAGAGAAAUAAAGUUUCCAAACUUAAAAAGAAUAAGAAAGUGUUUAAGCCAAAUAAACCUUUAUUCAGUACUAUUAAGUUGAAGAAUGGGGUCCAGUACAUCUGCCGGUUGCAUAACCAUCUCACUAACCAGGAGAUAGUCGAUCAAGUGAAUUACAGUGAAAAUUUGAGGGUCAAACCCAAUUCUUUUGUAGUAAGGAAGGCUCUCAAGAAUCCUAAGAUAUCAUCCAAGGAUGUCUAUGACAAAGUUGUGUAUGACUUCGUUAGGCGUAAAGACCUCAAAACAAAGCAGAAACAAAAACCCAAAAAUAUAUCUAAAGGAGCACGCCAGUCAGAAAUUCAAUUGCUAAAUGCAUUGCUCCCUAAGGAUAAGAAGAAAAAAUACCUCAACUCUACGAAUAAUUUUGAUAAAAAUAAAGAAAACCCAACAAUUUCUCAUAAGGAACUGGGCGAGAGCAAUUAUGAGGAUUGGUUCGAGUGCAAAAAGCAUGAUUUAACCUAUACAGCACCGAUAGAUUAUGACUUGCCAGUCAAGAACAUGAAAAUCAGGCUGUUGCUAAAGCAGCUGGACGGAAUAAUAGAUAGACUGAAUAUAGAGUACGCAAACUUAGACACAGAGGUAGAAUACCUCGAAGAACUCAAUAAUAUCGUACAUAGCUAUAAUUCCAGCAUGAGCCAAAUCUGUGAGAGAGACAAAUAAGGUUGAUGUACAAACAACCAUUUUUAACGGCCAGGAAUUUGUAAAGAAAGGGAUCACCAAGAAUGUGUCAUCAAAGGACAAGCACAGGAAUAAGCUGGACCUUACUCUGAAGGUAAUCAUUGAGAAGAGGUACCUCAUCUCUACUCAUAUUGAGAAAGCAAUGGUCUUGUUCGAUAUUACCAAAAAGAAGAAAGUCUUAGCUGAGUCCGAAGAGGAUAUCAAAAUUUCGCAUAAUAUUUAUGACAUUACCAAGUCCAUCGUCAAGCAGAUGGCUGAAGAGUUCCAGUUUGUGGAGAGGGAAAUGAAUAAUAUUGUUGACGAUAUCCUGGAAUCAAACAUGCCUUUUAAACCUAACCCUCUCCUUGGCUGGCAAGAGGUAGAAAAUGAGCACCGUGAGCCUGAAGUGCACGAAAUUAGUGCUAAAAAGCUUGCCUCAUCACUAAUAUUCGAUUUUACACGCCACCUUACUCAAAAGAUUGGGUUAAAGAAUAGUAGAAAUGGGUCAAAUGUUAGCUCUCUUCAUAGCUCUCCUGCAAAAUUGAGAACUAAACUUCCAUCAAGUUUCACAAAAUUGAUAAACAAGAAAACUCUUAGAAGACUUUCUAAGUUUCAGUCAAAUCCAAUGAAUAAGGUGAUUAAUGAAGCUGUGAUUCACAGGGCGAUUGAUGAGACAGACUGUGACCUCAAAUUCACCUCAAAAGAGAACAGAUAUCGUAAGGAACGAGAGAAAAUCCUGAGUUCUAAUACCUUAAUCCUACACUAUGUUGCUAAAUCCCUCUCAUUGCUUGGAAGAAAGAUCAAGCAAUCUAUUCAGAACCAGAAGAAUAAGGUUAAUUUCUUUGAUGAAGCAGUUCCGAUGCCUAUCUCUAUGAGACCAAACAUCAUUAUUGAGAAUUAUGAACUUUCGAAUAGAGAUAAGACACCUGGAAGUUAGACCAAAAUUCAACCUUAACCUUUUCAAUAUC